UAAGGAAGGAGUGUAAGGGCAGGCUCAGUGCGAUGGCGAUCAUCAAACAUUGGUCGGAUCUUAAGAGGAGGCACAUCGCGUGGAUCACUGAGAUCCGGGACAGAAAAUGCCCAGGUGUUCCCGUUCCCUCCGUCCGCCGCAGGUCGUCGAUGGACGAGAUGGAGAAAGUGGUCGUGUCCGCCCAGAAGGAGGCGGAGGAGGAGGAAGAGCAGGCCGGACCUUCCCAGCCGCAGCAGGAUGCACCACCCUCACCUGUGGGCGAAGAGGUGGAGGUGGAGGAGGCCGGACCCUCCCGGCAGCCGGAUCCCCCCUCCCCAGCUCCAGAUGAGGAAGAAGAGGAGGAAGAGGCUGUCACCAGCCCCGGCCAUGAGGAAGGGUUAAAGAAGAAAAUGCACCCUAGUAUAUGUUCCUCAUUUAGAAAACACCCCAAAAUAAUUAUAAAGCUGCAGCAUGAGGACCAAAAAGCCGUGCAGGAGAUCAGGGAGCAGCAAAAAAAGAUAAGGGAACAGCAGCGGCAUCUGGAUUGCAAGGUGCAGCAGUUGGAAGAGCUGCACCAUAAUGGGAUGCAGGAGAUGCUGGACCUCCAUAAGCAACUCGAACAGUUGCCUUAGAGCCAUAUUUGUUCCUCAAAA